AUGGCGUGGAGAGGAACGCGUGUGUGCACAGCAGGGCGGCGGCGUGUUGGUGAUUGCCAGUGUGUUGAGAGAGGGAGAAGUGCAGUCAUUGUGCUACGAUUCUUGGUUCAGGUGGCGGCGCUGCUAACGCUGGCGCUGGUGAUCGUGGUGAACCUGGCGCUGGGGCUCCUCCCCCCGGUGGACAACUUCGCCCACAUCGGCGGCCUCAUCUCGGGCUUCCUCCUCGGCUUCGUCUUCUUCAUCCGCCCGCAGUUCGCCUGGCUCACCCAGCAGGGACGGGUAUCAGCAGUUGCCGCGCAGCCUGGCUGGCAACCAACGGCGGCUGCAGCUCCUCCGGUACCGGUUCCGGUGAAGCGCAAGCACAAGACGUACCAGUACGUGCUGUGGCUGGCCGCCGCCGUGCUGCUCGUCGUCGGGUUCACGGUGGCCACCGUGCUGCUGUUCAGAGGGUACAAUGCGAACGAGCACUGCCCGUGGUGCCACUACCUCAGCUGCGUGCCGACCACGAGGUGGAGGUGCGACGCGUCGCCGACCACGUGCACGGGUAUGCAGCAGGAGAACACGCUGACCGUUGUCUGCGCCGGCGGCAAGAACCAGACGUACGUCGUCGCGUCGUCCGCGGAUGCCACGCAGGACAGGAUCAACGACCUCUGCAACCAGCUCUGCACCUAG